AUGUCGCUGAGCAUUCUGGCUCUCUGCCUGCUGGUCUGUAUUCAUUCUGGCAUAAAUGCAUAUCCAGCCAAGCCCGCCAGUCCCCGGGAAGGUGCACCACCUGAGGAGCUCGCCAGAUAUUACUCUGCACUAAGACACUACAUCAACCUCAUCACAAGACAGAGGUAUGGAAAAAGAGACACUCCAGACACUGUAUUUUCAGAUUUGUUGGUGAAGGAGAGCACAGAGAGCGUUCCACGAUCCACAUUUGUCAGAUAUGACGGGCUGCCGUUGUGGUGA